AACUACACUUCCUCUCUCAGUGUCAAACAUGGCGCUGUCCUGUUCGAGCCUGUGUAGCCAUUUGUCUUUGAUCCGACUGUUUGGUUUCAGGACAAACAUCAUAAAUAAAGGUCUCUAUUCCCCGUACAAGUCCUGCCAGUCUAGGUAUGUCUAUGAUCCCUUUUGACUCAUUUAUACACGAGUAUCCACUUUAUUUUACUUGUAUGUGUUGAACCCUUGGUAAGCUGGUCGCAUAUCUUGCCACUCCUAACCAUUUUUAAUGAUGCAAUGCUCGCAUUUAUACAAAUUUGAAAUGGUUUUGUGCGCUUUAUAUCAAUAUUACAUUUAAUAAUUGUCGCCUAACCUUAAAAUUCAUUACUAUGUGCUGUAAUUUAAAACAAAAAUAUAUGUACGGCGUGGUAAAGUGUUAAAUUUACUUCAUUUAAAUCCUACUGAUGCUUCCUGCUGAUGUUUACCUCUUCCUCUGCCCCUGUUUAGACACUAUUCAUCAUCCAAAGUCAGACGAGGUGUGGGAAGAUAUGUUGCCUCCAAGCUCCAGAAAGCCAACAGCAAAUAUGAAGCUUUUCUCAAGAGGCGAUUUCCUCGCUUCUAUCAGCUCUAUCACACAUUUGUGGAAGGUAAGCUCGCUUAAAACUAACCCCUGCGGUCCUCCAUGCUCUGUAAUAGACAUUACACACUGAGAAUAGUUUUGUUACAGCUUAAGUUUGGGUUAGAGAUAAUGUUAUUUUAUUUCUGUCUUGAUUAUAUUAAGUAUAACGAUAUAAUAUGAAAUCUUGUUUACCAUUCUACUAAAAUAUCUAUAUUAUACCCUGCUCUUUAGCAUUUUUUUUUGCAGAAAUCCCCCUCAUCACUCACCAAACUUGUAUGAAUUUAGCACACAUUAAGGGGUCACUCUGUCUUAACUUACUGGGAUGCCUAUAUAAAGUUAAGUUUAAUGCUCAAGAGCUGGAUUAAUUAAGCCAAGUCUAUCAACUACAUUAAGGCAAACUCAAUUGUCAGGUUAUGGCAGGGAUUGUAUUACAUAAACAUAAGCUUUGUAUAGUUGAAUAAAGCAGUUAUGUUAAUUUGUUGUUGUAUUGUUAAUUAACAUGACCACAGUUUUUUCCCAUCGGCUUAUUCCAGGAUUCAAGCUACUGUACCAGGAUGCCAAAACUGUGUACACGAUAAAAUCAAAGAUGGCCUCUGCUGGAGUAGAGUUAAAGGAUCUACCCUACAGGGAGAUGGAGAUGCUCCGACAGGUGAUUACCAUGAUUCAGUGCACUUCACACAGAAAAGAAAAGUGCAGGCUAUUUGAACCAUUAGAGUCUAUAGGAAAUAUUUGCUCUUUUUACUUUGUCAUUUACGUUUAUAUUAGAACUUAUUAAAACAAGGUGAGAUGAUUGUUAUAAUUUCAACUUCAAAGUAAAAUAUGUAGCAGCAGUGUGUUAAUCGAAUCUUUGACAGAUGGGGAUAUACAGCAAUUUGUGAGGAUAUUUUCGCUCAAAAUUAAAAUGAAAAUGACAAAAUUGGAUUACAAAAUGCAAUGCUACGAUAAUAGUAUGACAUUUGAGUACUCAUGCUUUAGUAUGAUAAUCAAAAAAGGUCCCUAUCUGCUCACAGUGAUGGGUAUGGCUCUAAUUCGGGCCUGGACAUCAUGUGUUCUACACUUUAAUCAAUAUAAACAAAGAAAUAUGAAUUUUUUAUUGUGAUAUUUGGGUGUUAAAAUCUUUCCUCUAAUGAGUGUAUCAAUUCAGAUCUGUCAUGUUUCUCGUCUGAUUGUAGAUUUUCUGAUUUUCCUCUCAGUUUCGCAGAAACAUGAUCAAGGCUGUUCCGCUGGUUCUGAUCUCCAUCCCUCCCUUUGCGAAUUACCUGGUUUUUGUGUUGAUGUAAGUUACUUUAAAAUAACCAUCUCUCCAUUCCAGUCAGCACCAUUCAACCUUUAUUCGGUGGAGAAAUCUGGGAAUCAUUGACUCAAAAUUUCAUGAUCAUCCUGAAAAUAACGUUUUGUCCUCCAUUGUGUUGGAUCCUCCUCCUGGUCCUGUCCCUGCUGACACACAUUUUCCCAUCACUCUGUGUGUCUCUCCUCUCUCUGCUACCAUCCCUUUCCGUUCACUGCCAGGUACUUUUUCCCCCGCCAGCUCCUGAUCCCCCAUUUCUGGACUCCAGGCCAGCAGGUGGAGUUUCAGAGAGUUUACCAUUCGCUCAGGGCUCAGCACCACCAACCUGUGCUUCAAGGGCUGGAGAAGUCGAGCCAGCAGGUCAAAGACAGACAACUGCAGGGCCGACUGAAGGACCUGUGUGCUAAAGUGAGUGAGGACAUGUUUCAUCUCUUGUUCUGGUAUCAACACCGAUGAGUAUGGCAUAAAAAAGAAGACCCUUUUAUCCCCACACCAUGAUGAAUCUCUCUUGUAAAGAGGACAACUAUUUACUCAUUUAAUGUAAGCAAAAUCUGAGUAACACUUCAUCAAAAUGUUUGUUUUCAGAUACAAAAUGGAGUAAACCCUAAAGCGACAGAAAUCCUUGCUGUUCGAGGUUUGUUUUCUGGACCUCCUUUGGGUAUGAAGAGGAUGAGCACAUAUCAGAUGGUCAGUAAAAACCCUCCAUUCCCCCCUCACACUCGUUUAGAUUACAUGAAGACAUUACGUGCUGACCUUAACUUCACUGGAAAAUAUCUCCUCUGUCCUCAUGGCGAAUGCAGAGACACAUCAGCCCCCUGCUCUUCCUGACGCCCCGCCUCCCUGGCUUCUUCAUGGGCUGGCGGCUGAAGAGCCACGCCCUGGAGCUGCUCCAGCUGGACCGGGCCCUCUGCAGGCUUGGCCCUCACCAACUGAGCGAGGCUGAGCUCAGACAAGUCAGUAACCCAGCAUGACUCGUAAAUUUCCUCUUGUGUGGAAAACCAGGCUGUGCGGUGCAUUCCUCAUUGAGUGUUUUGGGUGUUUCCUUUUCAGGCUUGUUAUGUUAGGGGGCUCAACUCUGGUACACUUGAUGUUAACCAGUGCCGUGAGUGGUUAUCCCAGUGGCUCGAUGUGUCUGCCUCAUUGAAAGGUAAUGUCAUGUUUUAUUUAAUUAAUAUGUCUGCUUAGUCUAACAUUUCACAAAGAUUUAGCACUCACGUCUGUAUGGUAAAUCUAGAUUUUUAAGCAGAAGAUGAGUUGUUUAAAGACAGAAUAACAACUCGAUUUUUUCUUAAGUACAUUGACUUUUAAAACAUCACUUGUGUUAUUCCUGACUUUGUGCUUUAGCUCCCUCUAGUGGGGAUCUUCAUUAAUAAACAGAUUGAAAAGUUGCAUCCAUCUCGUCAUCUUACUCCUGCCAAAACUUGAAACUGUUCCUUUAACCCUCGUCUCUGAAAAGUCUUGUAUUGAAAGCUAUUUCUGUGCCACUUUUUGCAGAAUCAGAGGUGUCCCUGCUUUUGCACAGCCUUGUACUCCUCUCUGCCAACUACCCCAAAGGUCCCCGCCGACACUGACAGGAAGCCUGCAGCAGCCUGAUUGUGUGUUUUGUUGUCUUUCUGUGCGCUGGGCAGCACCACUUCCUAAGAGCUGUCAACGUUUCCCUUUUUUUGCCAAAGAAAAACACAUUCAAACUGGUCUUGGCAAGAUUUAGAGGUUUAGGAGGGACAAAAAAAAAGGAUCUUUAAGCUUAAACUAUUUAAAAGACUACAAUGUAAACACUAGGGUGGUAGAGUAUGAGAUUCAACUUUGUAAAAAAGCACGUUAAGAGAGAUUUAUUUUGACUUAAAAAGUGAAAGAGUUCUCAUUCAGGCACUCACAAGGGACUUAACAUUAAAAUGCACUGAACUAUAAUAAGUGGUGAUGUUACGGUAAUGACAUGAUUACCAGUUAUCUCAAGCUUGUCUGUACAGCACAGACUGGUCAUUGUUUACUCUUAACAUAUUAUUACACAGCUACAGAGCAAAGCAGGGAAACAAAGAGGAUCCUGUUUAGUAGAAUUUCAGCAGCACAUUUCCUGCUGUACAAAGCUAAACCUAUUCAGACACAUUCCUUUCAUAGAAACACAGGUAAAAGAGCUUUUAUGUGAGCAUGUUAACAAUCCUUUUUUUUUACAUGUUUUAUCAUAUCAAAGUUCAACUCUCUCCUCAAACAUUUACCUCACUUUGUGCUUUGCUUGUUAUAUUGAAGUAUGCAGGUCAUGAUAUAGUUAUUCUAUAAAAGCCGAAUUUUGUUGCGGGGAAGGAAAUGCUUUUUUUUUUUUUUGUCAAAUAUGUUGAAGUGGUUGAUGUGAAAGAAGUCAUUAGAUUUAACAAAUGCACCUUUAAAAGAGUCUAAAAAGAGAAAAAAAAAGCCAAAUUGUUGCUUAAUUGCAAAGACGUCUGAGCUGAAUAUGUUGUGGUAGAUUAAAAUCCUCUUGUUGUGCAGCUCAGUACUGACAGGCUGUCUGAACAGAGUCGUGAUGGCACUUUAAUGUUUACUUGAUUUGUUUCUUUCUUUGGAGGUUUGAGACGUGGUCGACUUUGCGGUCGCUUUCACUCCAGCACAAAUUUGUUUGAAAAACAUCUGCACACGUCUCAGUUAGGGCUUACAGGAACUGCACAUCCCCUUCACCCGCGUUUGGUGUUGUAAAGUGUAAAAUAGGAAGUGUCAUUUCUUUGUGUGCCUUUUGCAUGAAGGGCACAAUACAUCAGAAACAUAAAUUCUGUUCUGUUUAUGAUUUAUUGUAAAGCAUUUUUUUUUCCUCUACAGGUUAAAAUGUUGUGUUGCUGUGCCAAUAUGAUAAACAUUGUAAUAGAGCCGUGUCUGAAUUAAAAACCCUUUAUGAUCCGUUUGUUUCGCCUCUUUCCUUUAAUCUUCAAGCAAAAGCAACAUAAUUUAAAGUGUCUUAAUAAAAACAGGAACUCAUAACCAGAAAAAUGUAAAAACUGCACCAAAACAGAUACCAAGCAAAGUGAAAGAAGUUAGAAAACCAACAAUUUACAUCGACGAACUUCUACUGACCGUUAAUGGUUUCUAUCAUUUAAGUUCUAAUCACAUAGAGUAUAAAAGCUGGGAUAUUUGUAACCUAUGAAAAUAUAAUCCAAACCAAUUUGCAGGAAAAUAAAUUGUUCUGUGCCUGGUAUUUUAAGUUUUAACAUACAAAAGGCCCUUUAAAUGGAGCUCCUCGAAAUUUGCUGAAAGCCUGGAUCACAUGACUUCGUAGCCACUGCGGAUGCCUCUCAUCAACAAGCAGGCGAACACGAUGCCCAUUAUCUGAAAGGAAAGAGCAGAAGAGGGAGAGGAUAUUAAACACUAAAAUCAGUCAAACAUUCAGGUGGGUUUAGUUAAAGUAUAGUGAUGCUGCAUAUUCAAAGACGCUUCAUACCUGCAGGAAAGCAAUAAUAAGAGCUGCAACGAUGACCCACUGGAUGUUUUUCUUCAGGUUAGCCUCCACAGCAUCAUGACAGCCCUGUACAGGAGAGGAAGAGUUAGAGCUGAUCUAAAUAUGUUACAGAAACCCGCUGGUAAAACAUUAACAAUCACAUUUUGUUGACCUUGACUUAACUUCCUCAAUAAUUCAAAGUUCAAUAAGCCCAAAUGCUUUAUGGACAAUAAAUCCAAUAAUAAACCUACUUUUCUUUACAUACGGGACAUCUACACCAGUUCCUUUAUUUGGCUUUUGUAUAAUCCCAGGAAGUAGCACUGAAAUGGUAACCCUGAAUUUAGCGCAUAUCACAAAAAGACAACUUCACCUUAUGAGUCAUAUCACAUUUGAAUGAACAGAUAUAUCCUUUUUUGUUAGUUAAAUGUUUGGGGUCAGAUAUUCUUGUUAGGGUCACACGUAUUUGUUAAGACUCACACAACUUUACACACCUGUUUGGCAAAGAGUAACAUAAUCCCAAGUGAGACCAGUUUCCACUGACUGUUUACUUUUCAGUGAGCAGCAAUUUCUUUUUCAUAAGUGUGACUCUUUACUUUGAACUGUAUUUAAGUUUUAAUGUCAUGAAUCAUCUUGAAUUUACUUGUUGUUUUUCACUGUUAAUACUUGUUGGAUUAAACCGGCUGCUGUAGGAGACGGGGGAGCACGAUUCUCCAUAAUUUUGGCACAGUACCCCGCCUUUUACACUCCAUGCUAAAAAUCGGCUGUUAAAUUAACCAGGAUAGAUAUUAGGUGAGUAUUGAUAUUUCUGUAACACCAGGUUUGUGUGCUGAUUAUUCACAGAGAAUAUGGUACAUAAUAGGCAAAAGCACAGAAAUAGCAAUUUGUGUAUGUAGGGACCGAAACGUACAUGGCCAAGAUCUGUGCAAACAAAUGAUUAAAUAAUAAAUCAUCCAUCUGCCUCCUGUUUUGAUGAAUUAUUAAGCUAAUGAGGAGCUUCAGAUGAGCAAUUUUAGAGAGAGUUUGAAUUUUUAAUGUGAACUCUUCAAAUAUUGAUGUUUGAAUACAUUUCAUAACAAUUUUAAGUCCAUUAGAGGACCAUUUUACUGGUUAUGCCACGUUCAAAGUCACUUGAAUCCCUGUUUAUUCCCACAUCUCCAUGCCUAAAUGGCUUGAGAUGCUGCCACGUGAUUGGCUGAUUAGCUAUUUGUGUUAAAGAGCAAUUGAACAGGUGUAUCUAAUAAAGUGGCAGGUGAGUGUAUCUUUAUAUUAGUGAACAGUAAAGCUGAUGUUUGCAGAUUUUUGUCCACUAACAUCUGUGUGGUGUACUGUAAAAACUCUUCGUGUGGACUGUGAAGGUGUUUCCCUGUGACACAUGCUCUUACGCAUGCAUGGGACAAGCUAACACAUACAGUUAGGCGUCUUUCUGAUGCUUGUGUGGGUUGACUUCACUCCAGCCAACGUCACUGUAUGAGUCUUUGAUAGAGGAGCUGCCAAAUGACUGUUUGCUGUAACCUUUAAUCACACUUGCAGUUGCUACCAGCAACCAUGGGACCCGCCAAAUCCCCAAGUUUUGAAAUCAUACGGGUUUUAAUUCUAUCUUAAUCCUAUGUUUACUGAAAUCAACCACAGCAGUUUACCUCCUUGAACAGUUUGGAAGGGUCUUUCAAGGCUCCAUCUCCACACCCUUUGGUGAAAUUCACGCAGCAUGAGUCAGGCACAGACUCUCUGUCAGGUCGGUAGUUCUUCCAGUCAGCAGAACUGUUCACGCCACAGCAUUUCAACUGGAAGGGCAAACAAGUCAGAGGAAAACCAAUUAAUAUGGACGUGCCAACCAUACAGUAGUGGGAUAACCUGUGUGUAGUGGAAUAUAGCUUGUGUCAACAGGUGGCUCAAAAGAAAAACAUUGUCAGGUCAUGCAGCUCGGACCAACAGGAUGCAGCAGUGUUAUAUGAAGGUGUUGUCAGAGUAAAGUAAACACAGAGAGCGAGACUUGAUACUAAACUCACAUCCUUCUGCAGUUUAUCCACCGAAUCUCUAAAGUGUUCUGUACUGUUGUACUUGGAGAUCAUUUCAACAAGACUGUCCUGGACCACCGAUGAGAUCUGGAAGGGAGACACAACAAGGAAAUGUUGAACUUCCAGUAGGAUCACAAAUAACAAACAAAACAGUGAAAUGAUAAGAUACUCACUUUGCCUCUGAAGAUGUAUCCAGCGAUGGCAGCUCCAAUCUCAACGAUGAUGAUCAGGGACAGAAGAACGGCAAACUGAAGAAAUAAAGAUAAAAAUGUGCGCUUUUAAUUGACAUUUACUGACAUUAAACUUGAUAACAUAAAGACAUUAGUGUGGCUUUUCUGUUCUUACACCUUUAAUAAGACAUUACUUAAUAAGUUACCGUUGUCACCAUGCAGUAGUUCUCCUUCCAGGCUCCGCAGCAGCCAAAGAAGGCGAUGAGGAAAAUCACCACACCGACCCCAAUGAUGACAAUGGGAGCUCCUGAAGCUGACACAUUCUUAAUCUCGAUGGUGUUGUGCAAAGCCACUUGGCCCAGGAUUCCCACGACAACCAACGCAAGGCCACAUAACUGCAGGGGGGAGAGAGCGGAGUUAGCUCAGGGUGGUAGCGGAGGUAUAAUUUCCAUAGAGGACCAGCUGUCUGAAACACAGCUGUUUAAACCAGGUAGGUAAACAAUCUGACUGGCAGGUGGAUGAUUUAGGACGAGCGUCCGUGUGUUCCAGAGUUGCCAGGGAGAUUUCGAUGAAAUGGUUUAGAGUUAAGGGAGGACAAAAGUCAAGAUAAAACUUCCUGAACUUUGAGCUAAAUUGUUGAGAAAUCUCCUUGGGUUUGUUGGAUUUGGGUUAGAAGUUUAAAAGUUGAAACAUUUCUCUGGUGAGGAUUAACAGGCUGACUAUGUGGGGUGCCAAUUCCAGAUUUGACCGAUUUAAACAGGAUUACGACUGUGAUUAGCAAUGAGUUGUGAAAAGUGGAUUUCUGUACUUCUUUGACUUUACUCGAGUACAGUAGGUGUUUACUAGGAACAGUAAAGGAAAUAUUUGAUUUGUCUUUUUUUGCCCCUUAAAAAUCUCUAAUUCCUUAUUCAGCCAAGGCAGAGAAAAGGCUUUCUACUCAAAGGUGAGGGGGGAUUAUUUUGAAUGAUGAAUGAUUUUGAAAUGCAAAAAUAUUUCCCGGAUGAGUGACAGUAAAGGGGAAGUGAGACCAGAAUUAAGACCGGUAACAUCUGGACCUGCAUUUUUAGAGACUUAAUGCUGAUCUGGGUCGUGCUCAGUAAAACAUCAGUCAAGAUUAAACCACAAUGAAGUAGAGGUGGGAAUCACUAGUGGCCCCACGAUACGAUAUUAUCACGAUUCUUGAGCCACGAUACAACAACAUUGCGAUCUAUACUAUUUUUUCAAUUGUUUAGCUAAUAUAGCAUUUUGUUUUUCUUUGUAUUUUAUUCUCAUGUAGCACAUCUUGCAAACAUUCUAUAUAUUUGUUGCACUAAUUUUCUUCUGCUCUAUAACGUCACCUCUGCCAACCUCACCGGACAAACAGGUGAUUUUAUUUUUCCAUUAUCACUGAUUUGACCUCAUAUCAACAAUAAAUUUGAAAAAAAUCAAUAUUUGGUCAAUGAAACAAUACGAUAUAUCACCAGACAAAUUAUCACGAGACUAUGCUGUAUCGAUUUUUUCUCCCACCCCUUCAGUGAAGCCAAUUAAACCACAAUAAAAACUGUUAAUCAGUACAAAUAAAGAUAUAUUCACUUUACACCACAAUUUUUUCUUGACAAAAUCAGCAUCAGGCCUCCCAAGUCUGGUACUACCAUUAUCGUUUCUAACUAAUAACACGAGUCUUCCAGUGACGGCGUUUCACCAGAGGAAAAACUUUAAACAUUUCUUUUCUUCCACUCACACAUUGUGCAACAAAAUGAUAACGCAGUUAUGCUAAAUAGACGGCCAAAAGCCGUGACAGUUGUCAGUUCCUGUGUUCCACUGUAAAAUGAUCAGAUGAUAAAAUGUGACAGUCUUGUGUCAUUGUUCUGGGUGGGGCGUAGAGUAUUUCAUUAGAUCUUCUGCAAACACUCGGCUUGGGUGAAGUGUUUGACCAUGAUCUGCAGGGAUCAACAAGCUCUAAAGCAAACAUCACAGUCAGCUGAAUAGACUUUUAUUUUGACGGUGCUUUAGAGAGAAGAGCUUAUGAUGAGGACAGAACAAUCAGAGCUGGAUUUAAUAGACCAGGACUAUUUUGGACGCCCCGGGGUGCUUACUAUGAUGAACAUGUCAAGAUUUACUUCUCUGGAAAACCCCUAUCUUCCCCUAUCGUGUGACUAUGACUUCACUUGCACUGAUAACAAAAUAAAGAGAUAUGUCUUUUACUAUGAAAUUAUAACUGUAAAUAUGAUUGCUUGGGGUGUUAAAUGUCUCAAAAAUACCAGGUACACCAUGUCCCACAACCUAAAUUGACUUCCUUUUUAUUUGACUAUAAGUUUAACACCUUGUUUUUUUUUUUUACAAACCAGCACAUAUUUACAUUUUAAGAGCUGGAAUUGCUAUUUCUAGUAAGGUUUGCUUUAAAAACAACUUAAAAGUAUUAAGUUGAGCAUUGAAAUUGUUGCAGAUUAAAAUUCUAGAUUGAUAGAUAAGCAAACAAAGGGUACAACUUCAUACCAGAUCAUGACAGAGAGAAAAAACAUGCGUGAAGUUUUGGUUUUGUAUCACUUCUUUGAUCUGCGUCACCUUGCAAAAAAACCCACACAAACAGGAAGUGAGAGCGUGACUUUAACCCAACUCAGGCUUGACAUAUAUGCACCACAGUGACAAGUCAAAUGUGACCCUCGCUUUAUGUUCCUUAAAACAGCCAAUGCUGCGAGUUACUAAUCCGUAACUGUUGUUUUUUUUCAACAUAUCAAUUAUAAAGCAGAACAAUGAAGUCGCUGCAAACAAACCCUCAGGUAACAACAGCUUCCUGACAAAAAAAACUGGUCCGAGCGCUUCUUACUGUUCUCAUUUAAAAUUUUAAGCCAAAUUUAGGAAAGUGCUCCACACAAAAGCCUGCAGCCUCACUGUCAGCUGCUCCACAAUCAGCCCACUCCUUGUUUGUAUCCACUGAAGCCCAGGCUGCAGCUGAAAACCUCUCCAUGCCGGCACCACCAGUGUCAAUAUUUGAGUAUGGGCCAAACAGGUGGUUAAUGAUUGACUUAAGAAAACAAAAAGGAGUGAAGAGAGCGGGUAAACAGUGACGACAGAUCGCAUCAAUCAAUCCCAGAGGAGCACAUCAUAAAAAAGGACAAUAAGAAUAAAAGUUACAUCUUUUUAACCUUUAGUUGACCUACUUUUUUUAUCAACGUGAAGCAGGAAACAGAGAACUACCAGUCUGGAACUAUAACACACUCGAAUAUUACAUUUCUGCUGAAAUUGAAUGCAAACAAAGCUCAUCUUUGGACUACAUGUCAGACAUUUAUAACAGGGCUGUGACUAACAAAGUUACAGGCGUACAUCAUAACACUACAUCUGAUCAUUUUGGUCACUAAGAGUUCAAACAGCCAUGCUAUUAUAAUUAUGACAGAGAGGAAAACAGAAUAACAACCUUCACCUAUAAAUGGGCGGUUUCCUUAACCCCUCCAAUCCCCUUCCUUGUGGGUCUAUAUCUGAAUUAUUCAUAAUAAUGGGACAAUUACAGUUAGUCAGGGCUAUAAAUAAAUAGGUGGCUUAUUACAUAACCAAAUGGUUUUAACAGUGAUACAAUAAUAUAUCAGGAAAAAAUGAAAUCACAUCAUAGAUCUGUCAGUGAGCCCUUACAAUCUAUUUUAACCAUAACCUGUCUGAGUCACAGAGAGCUCCAUUGUUGAAAUUUCUAUUACCAAGAUAAUCUGAUGUAUAUAAAGAGAGUGUGAGGGCUGCCAACUAAUGACUGGAUUCUCUACAAAAGAUUUUUUCUAUUUUCAAUAACAAAGAACCAUUAUGAGAGCGUCAUACUUCUGUUUUCGUCUGAACAUGCCAGGAAUGAAAAAUACACCCAAGAGCAGUGCUCAAAUGUCUUGCUUUUCUCAAAACCCAAAAAUUAGUUAAAGAAAUCAAACUUCCUUCUCUGCUGUAGAAACCAAUGAAUCAUUUUUAUUUCUUUCAAAACAGCUGGUGAUUAAUUAUCCUGUGAUCAAUGACAGUUUGUCACAGAUCUGUUUCUCACGUACAGCUCUGACCACAGGAAGUCUACUCGAAGAGAAGACAGCCAUGAUAAUGAUGUAAAUGUCGCUUUAGUGUCAAAUUUGUAGGACAUUUAUUGGACACUUUAAACAUUACUCUAAAGCUUUUGUGAGAAGAUAACAGGAAUAGAGGUUACAAACGAUAGAUAGAUAGAUAGAUAGAUAGAUAGAUAGAUAGAUAGAUAGAUAGAUAGAUAGAUAGAUAGAUAGAUAGAUAGAUAGAUAUUUUAUGUUAUUUCAAGCUUUAAUCUUGAAUAUUGUUUGUCUUCUGUUAUUACAUAAGAUCUUCUUUCAAAGUUGGGAAAGUACAUCGAAACUUUCUCACUUCUUCAAAGUAGGUAUCAGUUUCCAAACUCACUGUCUACAUUAAACUGACAUGAUAUUUUAUUAUCUCAUAAAAGCUUAUAUAUGCCGUACACAAAGAGGUGGCAUCAAUCAUAUUUAGAGCUGCAGACCAUGAAAUGUGCACUUGUCAGGGUGGUCAGUAAUUCUUCCUUUUUCUUUACUUCCCUGAUUAUUAUCAGGUUUGUUCUCAGUAGCACAGACUUUUCUGCACAAACCCCCUACGUCUAUGUCCUGUGUCCAAAGCUUCAUCUGGCAUUGUGUCAGGAAAGAAACCAACGGAAUAAAAGAGAACAUUACGAUCUGGUCGAGUCAUAUGUUACGCUUCAAAAUCUGGUCAUAAGAUUCUCGCUCAGACAUCAACACCUCACGCUCGACGGCUCAAACACACACAACAGAGUGGCUGCAAACCAUGACACUCAGGAAAUGUUCAGGUUAACCCAGGACAUGUGAGAUAAAUAUCCUCAUGUUUCAUCCAUUUUUUUUUGUAUUUGACUUUGAGCACACAUGCAAGAUGAUCUCAGUGUCCAAGAAAGGACAUGCGUAGGCGUGUAAUUGCUCAUCUGCUGAUUUAACUGUGUUAACCUCACAAACCAGAGUUCAUGGUCAAAGUCAUGUGGCUGGCAAAAAUGUCACAAAACUAGUCUAGCUUUAAAAAAAAGAUCAGCUGAUCCAACACAAUUACACUUGAAAAAGGACAACAAAACCUGGCUUUAUUUCCUGAUAGCUUUCAUGUUGUACCACCACAAACCUCAUUGACUUUGCAUUAUAAAACAUCUUACAUUUUUUUGUAUAAGAAACACUUAAAAGGUGAUUUUAGCUGCUACUUACCCAGAAGAUGAAGUUGAAAAAGAAAAGCAGGAACUUCACACAUUUCAUGCCCCCCUCAACACCACCCAUGUCUGCUGCUGCUGCUGAUCAGUUUCCUGGAUCAGAAAAGUACAAGAAAAUACUUUUAUCCAGUAAGUUACAUCAGCAUGACAUCAGCUGGAUCCCAACUUCUGCAGAAACCCCCCCUUGGAGGAUGUGAGUCAUUUUUCGGUGGAGCUUGGAAAGCCAAGCCAAGUCAACAUAUUGUCUAUUAAUGAAAAAGUAGCUCCACGCAUGUCCCUAUUGUUCGUGGGAGUUAAUUAGAGUCCAGACAAUGACGCACAUUUCCAACACAAUUACAGAAUAAAUCUAAUUUAGAGACAUUUUCAAAAGCAGUAUAAGUCAAGUGAAAAUCUGUUUAUAGUUACCAUUCAAUGAGAAGUUUCAGUUGUAAGUUAUUAAGGUAUACAGAGGCCUACUCAACACGUUUUUAAGACCGUGAAGGCAUCAAAAAACACCGUUCUGAAGAGGAGACAGAGCCCAUCCAGCCCAGCCCCGAACCGCUAAUCACAGCCAGCGACAACGCCAGCUUUGUGAGCGGACGAAUUACAUCGACACGGAGCAUGUCCUUUUAUUGAAUUUGUUAAGUUUGUGUCAAUUAUAUUAGUCUAAGAUAAACAGAAGCAGAUAGGUAGAAGUUACAGAAACGUUUCCUUGUUUAGUGUUGAGGGGGAAAACCUGUUUGUGAACGAGGACAAACCGUUAACUUUCCAAACGAUUAACGGUCAACAUAACAAAGAUAAAGGUGCUGUUUAGAGUUUUGAGGCUUACCUUUCAGAUGAGGUCUCUUAAAUCCUGCGAUGAGGGACGAAGACUGCGACAGUGAGGGAUUUUUAGACUAACUUGUCUUGUAUCGUUUGUAGUCCCUCCUCCGCUCGGCUCAUCUAACUGUUCCCCACCUCUUUCUUUCUCUUUCUUUCUUUCUAUAGUCGGGACUUCUCCUUUCAAUGACCGUAACUUUAGUGCUGCCUUCAGGGACUCCUCGUACAACACACAACUCUGCUAUCAACACUGUGUGUGGUCCUUGUCAGCUGUCGUCCUAUGGAGUUUUUCAUUGAAAACACAUCAUCCAGUGACAGAUUGAUAAAAAGGCGAGGACACGGAACCUUAAAUAAUGAUUUAUUUAUAACUAGUUUAUUUUGUUUCACCUAAUGACAAUAAUGUCAUAUUGUGGUAUGUUGUUACGUUUCAUAUCACUUAGAGACCAUAAGGGACGAAAAUAAAAACAAAAAAUAGUUACAAUGCAAUUAAAAGGGGAGUCGAAAGAGGAAACAGAAUGGUAAAUUUAAAAGACAAUAUCAACAAUUUAUAAUAAAAUAAUAACAGGUAAUACUGAUAAUGAUAGUAUUGAUGAAAUAGAGCAACAGAAAUGAGCAAAAGAAACAAAAUCUUUUAGAAGGAAACAAUAUUAUGUAGACCUAUAUCACAAAGUUUGAAGUUGCUUUGCUUGUUACCCAAUUAAACAUGCCAUUGUUUAUGAAAAAGAAAGAGAAAAACUUAUCCAUAACACUGACUUUGAAUUUUGUCUGAAUUGUGACAAGAAUGUCAUGUUUCUUGUUGACUGCUUUAGAGCCAGUUCCUCUUAAAAGUGUAACAAUAAAAGUCAGCCUAUACAACAGGUCAAAAUAGAAAGUGUGAAAUUGUUACAAUAAACAAUAAAUGUGGACUUCUACAUGAUUUUAGACUGAAGAAGCACUGGUCCAAUCACCUGAUAUUAAAUCAAAAGCAGCACCA